AUGACGGGGGCAGAUGGAAUGGAGACAGACACAGCUAUCAAAAGAAUUGACAUGAUGGAUGGCUGCCAGUUCUCACCUUCUGAGUACUUCUACGAAGGCUCCUGCAUCCCUUCCCCUGAGGGUGAGUUCGGGGACCAAUUUGAGCCCAGAGUGGCAGCCUUCGGAGCACACAGAGCUGAGCUGCAGGGCUCCGAUGAUGAAGAGCACGUGCGCGCACCUACAGGCCACCACCAGGCCGGCCACUGCCUCAUGUGGGCCUGUAAAGCAUGCAAGAGGAAGUCCACUACAAUGGAUAGACGCAAGGCGGCCACCAUGCGCGAGCGCAGACGCCUGAAGAAGGUCAACAAAGCUUUUGAGACGCUCAAGAGAUGCACCACGACAAACCCCAACCAGAGGCUCCCGAAGGUGGAGAUCCUCAGGAAUGCCAUCCGCUACAUCGAGAGCCUACAGGAGCUGCUGAGGGAGCAGGUGGAGAAUUAUUACAGCCUGCCAGGCCAGAGCUGCUCCGAGCCCACCAGCCCCACCUCCAGCUGCUCUGAUGGCAUGCCUGGAUGUAACAGUCCUGUCUGGUCCCGAAAGAACAGCAGCUUUGACAGCGUCUACUGUCCUGAUGCAUCAAACGCAUGCGCUGCAGAUAAAAGCUCUUUAUCCAGCUUGGAUUGUUUGUCCAGCAUCGUGGAUCGGAUCACAUCUGCAGAGCGAUCUGAGUUGUCUCUCCAGGACACAGCCUCCCUCUCUCCAGCUGCCAGUACCAGCUCACAGCCUGCAACCCCAGGGGCCUCCGGUUCCAGACUUAUCUAUCACGUAUUAUGAACUAUCCCCUGAUGAUCAGUGCGGACAGGAGGGCAUAUUACAUGGGAGAAGCAAAGCCCCAUACGUCCGAAGGGAAGACAAGCUGUGCAGAAUAUGUGCUUUUCAGUUGUAAAUAUUGUCCUGCCACUUUAUAAGAAAAUGUAUUUAAC